AUGCUCGAUUUUGGUGAUAUCACUUCCCAGCUUCAGCGUCCGUCGACAUGUCAUAGGAUUGUGCCCGUUUUGAAAUACAUCUCCCGUGAGUCGCAGAAAGAAAAUGUGUCUUCCACUGAGCAGAACCAAUUGAUUCAAAUCAGCAAAAUCUUGAUCAGAUCGAGUUCAGGGUUUGAUGCAUGGUGUGGCACUAACAUAUUGGGUGCUUUGCUGUGUGAUAAAAAUUUUUGUGUGCAAAAAGGUGCUGAAGUGCUAGAUAUCGUUUGCAAUACGGUAGGUAAGAACUUCACCGAUCGCAAGCUACUUAGAUCAUGCUUGCGGUGUAUUGAAAGAGUGCUUGAGGCAUUUUGGCUCGAUCCAUCCCUCUCUAGAGACCUUGUGACGCAAAGGUUGCCAUCUUUGAUCGGCCUUUGCUCAACUGCCCUAUCCAAAGACCCAGGAGUCACAUCCCGAAUUUUACAAUCCAUAAUCACACAUCAUCCAACGACAUCCCGCCCGUUCAUCAAUGACCUCUACAAACUGACGUUCGGGAUUAUAAAGACGGGGCCUAUCGAUCACUCGCCGGUUCAAAAUGUGUUGAGGCUUCCCCCCACAAUUGCAAUGGUCGAGAAACAGGAGCCUCAAAAACAUUGGUCGGCCUAUCUCGCAAGUAUUCUUCAUGAGAUGGUUUCGACUUUUUCGAUUUUUGAAAACUUCAUGACCAUUGGCGAAAUGGAGUACAUGAGAGCAAUGUCUGAAAACUUCUCAUCAAGUGAAAGGAUUGUAUUGUUUCCUCCUCUACAGAUAGAGGCUACCUCCUCGAGCUCUUUAAUGCAAAUCUUCGAGAGGUUUCAUAAAUUGAUAUCGAUUCUUCAGGCUACUCUCGCAAGCCCCACAAGUGAUUCCGUGCAGAUUCCAGUAGGACUUAUUAUGAAGAUAUCAGAAGUUAUUUUGUCCGUUAAUAUUGCGCUGUGUCACUUCAAAGCUCACUUCAGAGGUGAUAAGGCAAAAGACGUUGUACUGCAGAACUUACUCGAGGUGCAAAUUUCGUUGCUUAACGUGAUUCGUUCAUUGGAAGCUCGGUUGAAGGGCUUCAUUGUGCCAUACUCACAUCGCUUACUAGAGCUCUAUGAGCAUCAGGCUCGUUGUCUCAGGAAAUACAAAGCGGAUCACAGUGUUGCACACCUAGAUUUAACCAUGCUUAUCGAAGCUGCCGGUGCUUUAAUGUGCUUGGUCGGCUUUUUCCCACAUGCAACUCAUAUUGCUUCCGUUGUGAGAAUUGCAAUCGAUCAUGCAAAGAUUGAUAUGAAAUCUCAGGACAAAUUACGAGGUGUGAUUCAAUUGACUCCCCGCAUUGAUCACGAGGUGAAAGCGACAGUUAAGUUGCUGUCUAUCGAAAAUGGGGCGACGAAUGUAAAGUCUUCGUCUGAAGAUGAAGAUGAAGAUGAAGAUGAAGAUGAGAUAGAGAUACCUGUUCUUCAGAUGGAAUCUGAUUCUGAAGGCGACCCACAAUGA